AAAAUAAGGCUUAACAUUUUGAACCGACAUUUCCUUCGGUUGAGACGCUGAGUACGAUCUAGUUAGUUCUCAUUCCAAAUAAUUUUGAGCUUUGGAUUUGUGGAAGAAAAUAGUAAGAGAGAGAGAGAGAGAUGUCGCUGGUAGAUUACGCCUCGUCUUCAGACGACGAGGAUGAAAAAAUUGAAGAGAAGACCGACGAAAUUAUCGAGAGAGGAGGAGAAGAGAAGAAGGCAGUUGAUUCCAGUGCUUCGAUCCCUCCAUCGGAUCGCCAGAAUCAGAAUAACAUGACUUCAUCUUCAUUGCAUCAGCCUAGCAUUGCACCCCCUGUGCCUCCCCCACAGAUGGAAAAACUCCCAGAUGCAUCGCUUCUUUUUUCGUCAUCUUUUUCGUCGAAUCCAACCAUGAUGUUUGACCACUCUUCUAGAGUUGCAGCUGCUAUUGGCGAAUCGCGUAAAAGAGAGACAAAUGGAUCCUCAUUAGUUAGUCGGCAGAGUAAACAGCCUAGGGGAUCCCUGCCCCAUUCAAGGAAUAUACCAGACACUGUGGGUAGCAAGUUAAUUCCACCACAGCUCCGUGGGAGGAGCAAUGUGGUUACUGAAGAUAUAAACAAGCUGUUUGUAAGGAAAGACGGUCAGAAUAUUUCUAGAAGAGAUUAGAUGCCAACAGGUAUAUAUGUAAGAGCACUAGUACAGGCAAAGAAGGCCUAAACGUCGUGACUGUAGGCCUGUAGGCCUAAACGUCGUCUGAUUGAGACAUAUUCCAGCUCUGAAAGCAAGUGUAUCAUUUUCAGUGAAAGGUCUGAAAAAGGCUGAGAAUUUCAAAUCAUGGAGUUUUCCUCAAAUCCAUAUAGACGGGUAUUGCUGUAAGUGGUAUCAGCUUGAUUGCCAAAAAUGAACAUGAACUGUACUCACUCGUAAAGAUAUGUACCAUCUAUCAUCUUGAAUUUGCUUAUCUUUUAAUAACCGUGGUCUGUCUAUUGUUAUCUUGGGAAUUUCUGGCAGUUUCUAUUUCAUGUUGUUAUUACAUCA